CCAUCUCAGCUGAAAAAAGACGGGCUGCUUUCGGCUAUCCAGAGAGCUUGGUGGCUUCCGUUUAACCUGGCUGGGCUCUUGGCUGCUGUUAUUUGAUUAAGCUUAGCCAAAACAAGGGGAGGCUCCUUCUUCCUUCCCCCCCCCUCACCUUACCCCACCCCCAGGGUGGGAGGUGGAGUCCUUAAUCUUUGAUAAGGUGCAGACUUAAGAUAAAACAGCAAGAUUGUGGGCAGGAAGCUUUGCCUGCCUUUGGUGACCUGAGUCCCUCGGCCCAGGUGGUGGGAAGCUAGGAGAGAAAGGAUCCCAGAGGCAAACCUGCUACUGGUCCCAUCCAUGGAAGACUUCAAGGCCUUUGCUACGGACAGCCUGGAAGACUUUGCCCAGGUGAUGCCCGGGAACCAGCAGCCUGCCUUGGUGGGCUCUCGCCUCUCCCUGGCCCAUCGCCUCUCCCAAAACACCAUGCUGGGAUGCUACCCAGGGCCAGUCCCCAGCCCAGCUGAGUUGCCUGCCUACCCCCAGGAGGGCUUCCGGAAUGGGGAGUGGUACGCCCCCAGCCCACCAGAAGGACCCUACUCUCCAAUCUGCAGGUUUAUGGGCACCCCCGGCUUCGGCAUGCCCGGAGCGGAUUGCGUGGGCUACUUUGGGGAGAUGGUCAAGCUGCCCCCCUUCUCCGGAGGAAACCCCUCCAAGCGCAAACGCCGAGUGCUUUUCUCCCGCGCUCAAGUGCAGGAGCUGGAGAAGAGGUUUGAGAUGCAGAAAUACUUGACGGCCCCCGAAAGGGAACACCUGGCCACCGUCACCCGCCUCACCCCCAACCAGGUGAAGAUCUGGUUCCAGAACCAUCGCUACAAGCUGAAGAAGCUGAGCGGGCAGGCGGCGGAGGCCAAGGCUGGAUUGCAUCAGGAGGGCCCCCUGCCCUGCGACAGCAGCAGCAGCAGCACCGUGGCCCACCCCAGUGGCUACCCGUUCCACAGGACACCCCUGGACGAGAAGCUCCUCCUGCAGCAUCUGUCUCCCAGCCCCAGCUCCAGCGCCCACCCCCAAGCUGGCCUGGAACCCUCCGAAAGCGGUUUUCUCUUUGGCAAACCCUGGUAGUCUAUCCAGGUGACUACGCACAAGGGCUGAGCUAGAUGACUAGCUCCAUCCGGGGAGCGCGAGGGAGCUCAGCCGUUCUAGAAGGAGAGUUUUGUUUUAUUUUAUUUUAUUUAUAUAGCCGCCCGUCUUUCGACACGGGCUGGGCGGCUCCCGGUGGGAAAUCCUAUUAUCGAAUCAUAUUAAAACGCUAAAGCGAAGCCGAUGAGAAGAUCGGAAAGAACAACUGCCUGGCUUCAAAUCCAACUUCUAAAACAGUGGUUCUCAACCUUUUUAAUGCCGCGACCCCCGACCGGUCGUAAGUCGAGGACUACUCAACCGGUCGUAAGUCGAGGACUACUCAGCUGGUGCAGCACCAUUUGCA